AUGUUGAGGCUUCUGGAAGAUGAUUGCACACAUCAGCAUUUAUUCAGUUUGGCUUUCAAGGGCAUCAUCGGCGUAGAAGGAAGAUAUGCAAGCUUCGCGCCGGGUAGAAGAGAUCAAGUUGUAAGAAUCAAUGCCGACUGUCCCAUAUCUAUGAGCCAGUUUCUCUCCGGGGGCACCCUGCUGAAAGGAGAUAACGAAGACCCAAAAGAAGUUAUGGCCUGGUUUCAAGGGAAUCUACAUUUAUUUCAAAAAACUAGAACCCAUCCUAAUCGCGGUAGCAAUUGGCAACUAACUACCUCGAUCGACAACGAGCAUGCGAAUGGGAAGAGGAUAGUAAAAUUUAUCCGACAAAACCUACAAAAUAUUGAUAAUUUUGUAAGAAUAAUGGAGGACUUCAAAGCUCUCAAGUGGAAAUUAGAUUCGAUUUUAGAAACAAAAGGGUUCGUUUCACAACCAGAACCUCGGUUGGGAGAACCCAUCCGCAGUUUUUGGCACGAAUACAAACCUCAUAAUUUCCGUGGCACUGGUGAUUAUUUUGAUAAUAUUGAAAGGUUUAUAACCUUUAAUAAUGUUCCUUCGUACCUCGAGUCGUUUAUUGGACAGUGGAAUGUCGCCGCGAGAGGCAAACAUAGAAGUAAUUCCGCACCUGAUCGAAGGGAUGUGUUGGAGGCUAGAGAAUUUAUAUUUGAAAAUUAUAAAUUUGCAUCAUCGCUUUGGGCUCAGUCUUAUCUUGACGUGAAUGCAGAGAGAUUCGUGGAAUUUUGA